GCGCGAGCGGUGGCGGUUGUUGUGGUGGUGGUGGUGACGGGCGGAGGAGGCGGCGGCGGCGGCGGUGACAAGAUGGCGUCGCCGACUGCGGGUGCCGAUUUGGAGCAGUCUUUGCUGAGCUUUGAGAAGCUAGAUCGAGCAUCACCAGAUCUUUGGCCAGAACAAAUGCCUGGUGUUGCUGAAUUUGCAGCAUCUUUUAAAAGUCCUAUUACCAGCUCUCCUCCAAAGUGGAUGGCAGAACUAGAGAAAGAUGACAUUGACAUGCUGAAAGAGCUGGGAAGUCUAACUACAGCUAACUUAAUGGAGAAGGUCAGAGGUUUACAGAAUCUUGCCUACCAAUUAGGACUGGAUGAAUCACGAGAAAUGACAAGAGGAAAGUUUCUGAACAUCUUGGAGCGACCCAAGAAGUAACCGUGCAGUUUUGCUGCCUUUAAAAGGAGACUGGACCAUUGUUGAUCAGAAACACGACUGUGGGUUACGGACCAACAGAUGCCUCGCUAGCCAACCCUUCACACGCCUUUCAAAGUGCCAGUGCCACGCAGUAAAACAUCACAUUUAACAGGCUGUAGUGGCAAACAUAUUCCUCACCCUAUAAGGCAACAGCUAUUAUAUAAACAGAGACCGCAAUUGACAGUUGGUUGGCAUAAAAGUGAAAGUAUUUGGGACGUCCCAUGCAAGUCAACUGGUAAUAUCAGAAUGUCAGGAUUUCUUAGGAGCAGUGGUAUUGUUAGAUGGUGUGGGUCAUCUGCAGGCCUUUACAUUUGUACAGCUGCUGGUGCAAGUGCCUCAUGGCUCCAUUAACAGCCCGCCUGGCUGUGGGAUGGUGAUCGAACUGGCAUUCAGUUCUCUUUCCUUUUGCACGUAAAAGAAGGGAUGCCAUUCGGAGUCGAGCUCUUCCAGCUACUAAACACUCCGUGUUACAGGGGUUUCCUGCGUUCCAGGGAAUGGCCCUUGUGAAAGGUGCUGAGGUUGGGGCGCUCAACAAAACGUUAGCCACAUUGACUUACAGGAUUCCACAAUCCCUACACUGUAUACACGGUUCUCUACUCCCUUAGAAUGUGCAUUGCAGUGAAACUAGAUACGGCUGCAACUGAAAUUAGGUUCUGUAAUAGCACUUCAAUUGAAGUACCACAAUUGAGUUUUAAGAACCUGUUCCCAUUAUAUCUGCUGCCCUGCACAAAAGGGAGCUGAUGGCUGGCUCCCUGUCAGUCAAGUGGGCAAAGGAGACACAAACCAGAAUUUUACAGGCUGUUGCUAAGUUAGCUGGUCUCAGCUGGUGUAGCGUUUGGGCCACGAUAUUUGACCCCAACACCCCUGGGUUAGGGAGGGGUAAAAGCAGCCGAGAUUCCCUCUCACCGUCACUAUCCUGGAAACCUGCUGGAUGUUUAGAUGCCAGGUGAGGACAGGAUGGGGCUCGAGCAGUGAUGCCCUUAUGGGUAGAGCAGCCUGACAACACUCUCUCUCUCUCUCUCUCUCUCUCUCUCUCUCUCGAGGCUCAUGCACUGAAUGCUCACUUGGGGGUGCACUCGUGGAAUUGUGCACUGUGGAAUUCUACCCCCGCUAUUUGGGGAAGAUCAUCACGUCAAAUGUGUUCAGGAGAGAGGUUGAGGAAAUAAUUAAUGGAACUGGGAGGGGAAAAGAAUCUUAAAGCGUUACAAAAAAAACAAGUUACUUUCAUAAACAGACUUGUAUGAAGAUGAAUACGCUCUUUCUAUUAUGUAACAUUUUUGAAUGAAUAAACGCACAUUAUUUUAAAAGCA